GAGGUGUGAGAGAGAAAGAGAGAGAGCGAGAGCAAGAAAGAUGUGAGAGAGAGAGAGAGAGAGAGAGAGAGAGAGAGAGAGAGAGAAAGAGAGAGAGAGGAAGGAAGAGAGAUUGAGAGAGAGAGGGAGGAAGAGAGGUGUGGUAAAGAGAUUGGGAGAGAGAGAGAGAGGAAGAGAGUUGUUAGAGAGAAAGAGAAAAAGAGGGGUGGGAUCCAGUCAACUUUACUUCUCCCACAUCGUCGCCUUCUUCUUCUUUUUCACGUCCCUGCUGACGUCUUUACAGGGUUGUUAGUGUGUGUCGUUUCACGCACGCACGCACGCACGCACGCACACAUACACACACACACACACACACACACAGGAUUAAAGGCCGAAUUUAACUGGAAAUCUAAAAAAAAAGGCUCAGCCUGCCUCCCGCUGCUGCUAGCGGUGCGGUUGUCGAGGGGAACGCGGGGCUGGAGCGCGGCGGCGCGGUGCAGCCUGACUACAGGACCACGAACGACCAUCCCGCAGUGUUGUUUCAGAUUUGGAUUUGCUGAGGAGGAGCAGGAGAACAGAGAGAUCAUGAAGAUGUCGCCUCCAGACCGAAGGAAAAGCCUGCGCGACCUGGCGCUGGAGAUCGGGAUCCGGGUGCUGCUGUUCGGAGUUUUUGUGUUUACAGAGUUUCUGGAGCCCUUUGAAAGAGUAAUCCAGCCUGAGGAACUGUGGCUCUACAAGAAUCCUCUGGUGGAAUCUGAUCGUAUACCCAAGAAAGUCAUGUUCGCUAUAUCCUUUCUCACUCCGUUGGCUGUGAUAUUUGUGGUGAAGAUUAUACGACGGACGGAUAAGACCGAAAUCAAAGAGGCGUGUUUGGCUGUGUCUCUCGCACUGGCACUGAACGGUGUCUUCACAAAUACUAUCAAGUUGAUAGUUGGCAGGCCGAGACCUGACUACUUCCAUCGCUGCUUUCCUGACGGCCAAAUGAAUGCUAAAAUGCUGUGUACAGGAGAACCAGACAUGGUUUCUGAGGGCCGCAAGAGUUUCCCCAGCAGCCACUCCUCCUUUGCUUUCUCUGGCCUGGGCUUCACUUCCUUCUACUUGGCAGGAAAGCUACAGUGUUUUACAGACAGUGGGCGCGGUCGCAGCUGGCGACUCUGUGCCAUGAUCCUGCCCCUCUACAGUGCCAUGAUGAUCGCCCUGUCCCGCACCUGCGACUACAAGCACCACUGGCAAGAUGCAUUUGUUGGGGGUGUGAUGGGUCUGCUGUUUGCUUACAUCUGCUACCGCCAGUACUACCCACCCUUCCUCCAUACAGACUGCCAUCUGCCUUAUGCCAGCCUGUCUCUCAGCCCUAUCCAGCAUGUGCCAGUCCACCAGGAGCAUCUUCAGCCUACAGGUAAUGCCACAGGUCUACCUCUGGAGGGCAUGACUGAAGGGCCUGUAUGACUAAAGGAGAUGCCCAUGUCCCACAACUCCCUCUUAAGCAUCACCCUGUGGCUACAACCCGCACAGACUGACAGACUGGUCAACAUUCCAGUGGGUUUUUCCAGUUUUAUUUUUGUGUAUAUUUGAUUUGUGUGGUACUGAUGCUUGGUCCACUAUAAAUACAAUGUGUCACAAAAGUGAGUACACCCCUCACAGUGUUUGUCACAACACUGACAAAAUGAUACUUUGACACUAUGAAACUAGUCUGUGUGCAGCUUAUAUAACAGUGUAAAUUUAUUUUUUCCUUAAAAUAACUCAAUAUACAGUCAUUAAUGUCCAAACCACCAGCAACAAAAGUGAUUACACUCCUAAGAGACUACACCCCUAAAUGUCCAAAUUGAGCACUGCUUCUCAUUUUCCCUCCAAAAUGUCAUGUGACUCGUACUAGGUCUCAGGUGUGCAUAGGGAGCAAGUGUUUUCAGUUUAGGGGUACAGACCUCACACUCUCUCAUACUGGUCACUGAAAGUUCCAACAUGGCACCUCAUGGCAAAGAACUCUCUGAGGAUCUUAAAAGACAAUUUGUUGCGCUACAUAAAGCAUUAUCAUUCGGCAUUUUCAAAGAGAAGAGUCCUCUGAGAACACAUUGGUCGUCCAAAGAAGCUGAGUGCACAUGCCCAGCUUGGACAUGGAAAAGCAUUCCAAUGGCAACCUGUGAAGCUCUGGUAAACUCCAUGCCCAGGAGAGUUAAGGCAGUAAUUGGAAAAUGAUGGUGGCCACAAAAAUAUUGACACUUCAGAAACAUUCACUAAGGGGUGUAUUCACUUUUGUUGCCGGUGUUUUAGACAUGAAUGGCUGUAAAUUGAGUUAUUUUGAGGGAAGAACAAAUUUACACUGUGAUAUAAGCUGCACACAGACUACUUUACAUUGUUUCAAAGUGUCAUUUUGUCAGUGUUGUCCUAUGAAAAGAUAUACUUAAAUAUCUGCAGAAAUGUAAGGGGUGUGCUCAC